UCUUUUGUAAAUCCAACGCAAUCCGAGUUUUCUGUUGAUUCGCCGUUGGUUGGCUGCAUCGCUUCUUCAACAACUGCUGAAUGCUGAUGAGUAAUGAAGCUAUUCCAGUUUAUCCAAUUCCGUGAAAGCAUUUGAGCUCAGUUUGAAAGCGCCACUUUCUACGCUCAAUCCUCAUCAAUGGAGAACGAGGAAACGAUUACCGGCAACUCAGAGGCCGAAGCUUCAAAUGCGGUGGCCAGUCACACUUAUCCUUGCCAUGUCGACAGCGGCGGAGGCCAGGAAGAUGCACAAGGCGAUGAGUUGGUUGAGCCGGAGCCGCACGGUCUGAGGAAGGAGAUUCUGAAAGCGCUGGAGGCAGUGGAGAGGGAUUCGGCUGCCAUAGCUGAGAGCUUCUCCUCUCUCCGCCAAUCACUCUCACAGGCUACUGGCUCUACGGUUGAACACAUGAACUGCUUCAGUGAUGCAGCUAGACGCCUUAAAGAAUAUGAUUAAAUGAAGAGAUGGAAGACAUGGAUGCUCUCGCAACAAAAUU